AUGAGCGGGCACUACUACCCUCAUCCGGAUCAAGAGGAAAUGACUGACUUGCAUGGAUAUCAGCCUGCUGAGAGUCAGACUAGCUUCGACUUCCAAUUGACAGAGGCUCCUUCUCCUGCCAAUGGACAUGUCGUUCCAUUCAGACCUGGUUUGAGCACCCAUCGCUACAGCCCUCCAGAAUACCCAGGUUCUCCUCAGCCAUGGUUGCAACCAACACCUCGCAACUCUGAUAUCCCGGAAUCAUGGGCCGGCACGCCUUAUGAUUCUCGCUCAACUUCGCCAACUUUGUCACCUUAUGGACAGAUUCAUCAGAGUCACCAAAGUCUUGCCCGUCUGGUUACUGACGCGGCUGCCCCGGAGUUUGACAAGGAUUGGGUCAAGUCCGGAUCCAUCGCUAAAAUCAGUGAUCGAGAUGAUGCAGAUACCUGGAAAGGAUGGAAGCGUUGGGUUUUCUUCCUAACCCCGUUCCUGACUUUUGGAAACACCAUCAUCUACCUCGGCUACCUCGCUCUUCGAAUUUACUGCAUCAUCUCAGCGCAAAACGCCGCUGGAUACAAUUUUGCUGGAGCUUGGGUUUUCGUCGCAAUUGAGGUCUCUACCGCCAUCCCCUCUCUAUUGCACAAUGGCUGGACCAUGAUGGCAUUCAAGAAAAGAGGACGCGCCAAGCUCCGCUUGACUGGUAAUGAAGUUCCUUCCGUGGACGUUUUCGUGACUUGCUGUGGUGAAGACGAUGAGGUUGUCCUCGAUACCGUUCGUGGUGCCGUGGAUCAGGACUAUCCCACAGAACGUUUCCGCGUCAUUGUUCUGGACGAUGGUCAGUCAGCGACUCUCGAAGAGGCUUGCAACCAACUCGCUCAGGUCCAGUCAAACGUCUUCUACAUGGCCCGUGAAAAGAUCCCUGGAGUGCCCCACCACUUCAAAGCUGGUAACCUGAACUACGGACUGGACGCAGUGACACAGUUGCCAGGUGGAGCUGGCCAGUUUAUGGCCGCUCUUGAUGCUGAUAUGAUUCCUGAGCAAGAAUGGCUCCGCGCCGUCCUUCCUCAUUUGUUGGCCGAUCCCAAGAUGGCCCUUGCAUGCCCCCCACAGUUGUUCUACAAUACCCCUGCGUCCGAUCCACUCGCACAAAGUCUAGAUUUCUUUGUCCACGUCAUUGAGCCAAUUAAGGAUGCUUUGGGUGUGGCUUGGUGUACCGGGUCUGGUUACGUUGUACGACGUGAGGCUCUUGAGGAGAUUGGCAACUUCCCCCUCGGUUCUCUGGCUGAGGAUGUCGCGACAUCGACCCUGAUGCUUGGUAAGGGAUGGAAGACUGCUUACGUCCACGAGCCUCUCCAAUUUGGAACUGUCCCUGAAGAUUUCGGUGGUCAUCUCAAGCAGCGUACCCGAUGGGCUAUUGGAACUGUCGACACGGCUUUCAAGCUGAAGUUCUGCCUCUGGGGAGACGGCAUCAAGAUGAUGACCUUUGCCCAGCGCUUCUCCGGUUUCCUCUACGCCACUCUGAGUCUCUACACCCUUCUGCUGACUGCUUCUCUCUUUGCCAUUCCAAUUAUCCUUCUGUGGGGUAAGCAAUUGGUCGCCUACGCUAAUAUAGAAGAGCUUCACUGGCUCAUCUGGGCUUGUCUCGCGACCACCGUUGCCAACCGAAUUUGCGAGUUUGCACUGUUCAUCCCGGCUGGUUACAACACUGGUCAGCGAGGAUCCCGCUACCAGCUGUGGAUGUCGCCUUACAUCGCUCUCUGCAUCGUUCGCUCGUUCAUGCUGCCCAGCUGGCUCGGAGGCCAAACCCAGGCCUUUAAGCCCACCGGAUCUCUCGGAUCAACCCUUAACGAGCGUGACCCCAAGAAACGACGGAACAUCUUCAUUCGGAUGUUUGUGGUCCUGUUUAACUACAUGGCGCUCUUCCAUCUGGCCUUUGUUUACGUGACCCUCAUCGGUGUGGUGAUCUCUUCUUACCGCUGCUUCUCCAUCAACUCGAGCGCCAAGGAUGUUAUCAUCUGCUUGAUCACUCACGCAUUCUGGCCCCCCCUCACCUUCCUCUUCAUUUGCACUUCCUUGUGGACUCCUGUCUCCUACGCCAUUGACCCGCCUUCAAUGCCCGAGCGCGAGGAUUUGUUGAUCCGCGACCCCAAGACUGGUGUCGCACACCCUACCGCCAAGAGCAAGGACAUUGCAUUUGGCAAACAAGCUGCGUGGUUUGAGCUGCAAUAUACGCUCGCCACCGCCGUCACCAUCUUGAUUUUUGUCUACUCGUUCUUCUGGUAG